AAACGAGGCUUGGGCUCCAAGUAAACCAUUUAAUAGCUCGAUUCUUCUUGGAUUUUGUGCAUCAGAUUACGAGUAGAGGAGAAGACAAUUUCCCUUACGAAAGGAAGAAGAACAGCUAGAUCGCGGGACCGAAUCUCUCUUCACACGCGGACGGCUAUGUGAAUCUGGGAGAGACGGCUUGGCUUGAUUUGGGCUUUGAUUAGGUUGUGGGUUCGAGUCGGAGAGAAGGGUCGGCAUGGAUGGAUCACAGCAGCAGAACAACAGCGGGGGCAAUGCGCCGCCCCCAUUUCUGACCAAGACAUAUGAUAUGGUGGACGACACCUCCACUGAUUCGAUAGUCUCGUGGAGCCCCACAAAUAACAGUUUCAUUGUCUGGAAUCCGCCUGAAUUCGCACGCGACUUGCUGCCCAAGUAUUUCAAGCACAAUAAUUUCUCUAGCUUCGUCAGGCAGCUCAAUACAUACGGCUUUAGGAAAGUCGAUCCAGAUCAGUGGGAAUUUGCAAAUGAAGAUUUUCUUAGGGGUCAGAGAAAUUUGCUUAAAAACAUUCACAGACGGAAGCCCAUGCACAGUCAUUCUCCACAGCAGCAACAAGUGGUAGAUGCUACAAGAUAUGAACUAGAAGAGGAAAUUCAGACCCUCAAACGGGAGAAGAAUAUGCUUAUGAUGGAACUAGUGAGACUUAGGCAGCAACAGCAAGGUACUGAGAUGCAGAUGCAGACCUUGGAGGAGCGUUUGCAAGUUAUGGAACACAGACAACAUCAGAUGGUGGCAUUUUUGGCUAAAGCUAUGCAGAAGCCAGACUUUGUGACACAGCUUGUGCAUCAGAGUGAAAACAAUAAACUGCUUGAAGCAGCUAACAAGAAAAGAAGAUUACCCAAAAAUGAGGGCUCUUCAGAGGUGGGAGAAAGUGGGAUGUCAAACAACCAGAUUGUAAGAUACCAACCUUCUUCAGGAGAUGAUUGCAGUCCAAUUGCAAUCAAGGUCUUAAAUACAGAGCCAUUCAAUAAGAUGGAAUCAUCCUUAGAUUCAUUGGAGACUUUUUUGACUGAUGUCGGUAGGGCAUCUGGUGAACCAGUGGAUAGUGGAAGUCCAGUAGGUCAAUCCUCUACAGUAUGUCUUACAGAGAUACAUGAUCCAGCAGAGAUGUUAGAUGUAUGUAUCUCAUCAGGACAUAUUCAAGCAUCUUCUGCAUUAUCAGGGCAGCAUUCCAGUCCUCCACAGUUGGCAGAAUCCACUGAUUGUGAAAUUCGUUGUCAGACGAGUUUGGGUCUGUCUCUUCCUCAGUGUGAAAUAUCUAGAGGUAUGGAGAGUAUUGGUCAAAGUCCGCUUCCACAGUAUGAAAUUUCUAGAGGUAUGGAGACUUUUGGUCAAAGUCCUCUUCCACAGUGUGAAAUUUCUAGAGGCAUGGAGACUACUAAUCAAAUCAGCAAACAUGAUGGAGAGGCUUAUAUAGCACCUAAGACCUGUGGCAUAGAUGUUAAUGCAGAUCCAUCAGCCAUGGACAUAGGAGAUAAUGAUGGGACUGUCAGUAAAGAUACAGCUAGUGUUAAGGCCACUCCUAGAGUCAAUGAUGUAUUUUGGGAACAAUUCCUUACAGAAAGCCCAGGUUCAGUGGAUCCUGAAGAGGCCGAGUCAAAAAUGCAAGAGAGAAAUAGAAAGGGUCUUGAUGAAAGAAUGCCUGAAAAUGGCAAGUGUUGGAACAAUGAUCAAUCUUUGGACCGGUUAACAGAACAAAUGGGGAUGCUGGCACCUGCAACAAAAACUUGAGAUGGAUAUUUAAGAUGCUAGGGCAGGUUGAUGUACUAUUGUUAGUUUACUUGUUCUGGUUGGCAAUAAGUAUAUUUUAUGUAUUUCCAUGUGAAUUGCUCAUGAUGUAUAGUUUUUCGAGCUUCUUCUCCAGUGCUGCUGCUAAAUUGUUCAAUGUAUACAUUAUAAUUAUAAAUGCACAUUCUAAAUUCAUUUGCCACAGUUUUACUUA